AUGGAACUGACUUCGGUGCUCAUUGAGGGAGUGAGUUUUGUUUCAUUUAUUUGAUUUCACAAUGAGUCCUGUAUUUCCAAAGAAAGUUUUUGUUUUUUUUUAACUGACAGAAGAUGAAAAAGCAGAACAUUUCUUUAGUCAACUUUUAGCGGUAUUAUUUUCAAGAAAGAAAUAAAUUUCCGUUAGCCUCGAUAUAGAAGCUUUUUUUUUAGAAGCUUUCACUAAUCGGAGAUUUGAUGUGAGGAAUUUCCAAAAGUCGAUAGCCAUGAACUGUUGGGCGUGAGUUUUUGUCGCGUGGAGAAAGAGGGCGCUGUUUUGAUGGCUGCGAGAAGAGGAACACCGAUUCUUUCCACCGUCGGCACUUACUGUUUGCUCAAAUCUUUUGCUUCUCUCCACGCUCUCCACAUUCGAGUCUAUUCCUAAUAUAAAGCUCUUUAAAUAUCAGAAUAAUUAGUGUGACAUAGAGAAAACGUUAUAUAGUCCCACAUCAUUCUCUGGAGAUGAUCAGAGAGACCUUUUCACUCUUGUAAUCUUUGAGGGAUACUAAUGUGAGAGUAAAUCAAGAACUUAUCGAAAAAUCACGGCGGUUUUCAUAAUUACUGUUCUCUGAACCUUUCUCGGGUCCUCUCGCGUCCUUCAUCCCGUGUUUGUAUUGUAGCUGGCGGGAAUGUGCAGCGAGAAGGAAAGAUCGGAAAGCAAAGAAAACCGUUGUCAGGCUUUCGACCUUUUUCGGCCCGUUGUAUCAUUUGUUUCUGUCUUUGAGGUCAAAGUCAUCUCUCAUAUAUUUUCUGAUAGCCGAAUCAAACCGUCUCCCACGUUCAAAACACUCCUUUUAUGACUAGGCGAGCGUAUCGAUUGAUUUCACUGCUCUGCUAGUUUGGACGGUUUUUGCUACUAAAGAUACGGGCUGCUUUUUAUUGCUUUUUGAGUCAUAUAAAUCCUAAAAAAAUAUUUGAUGAAUUUAAAUUGAAAUAAAUUCGUUCAUGCCGAUUGCUGAAGAAAAAAAAAGUACCCUCAUUACAUAUUUUUCCAUGUUUUUUUUUACAAUUUCAGCGGAUGUGAUUUCGUUUGUUGCAUUUUUUUUUUUUAAACCUAGAUUAAUCUCAAAAUGAAGCCAGAGUCGAGUCGAUCUUCAUUCAAAUUUUAGAAAACCUGAAGUUAAAAGCUUUGCCACGUCACUUUGAAUCGUGUGCCUUUUUUUCAAACGACGUGAAAUGUAUCCUUUUUGAACUUUUUGAUGUUAGAAAAAAAUUGGUGUUUUUUCAGAAGCUGGAUCCGGAAAAUCUUUUCACGAAGCAAGAGCGGAUAGGCCGCGGCUCUUUCGGCGAGGUCUACAAAGGCAUCGACAACACGACGGGACAGGCGAAUCUCCCUCUCCUCCAUUCAUUUCAUCUCAGAAUUUCAGGUCGUCGCCAUCAAGAUCAUCGACCUCGAGCAAGCUGAGGACGAAAUCGAAGACAUCCAACAAGAAAUACAGGUUCUAUACACGUUUUUUCGGGUUCAAAAAUCAAUGGGUUUUAUUAUUAUAGUAUACUAUAGUAUACAUAUAGUAUACUAUAACAGUUCUAAUUAUUUUAAACAUCAGUUUUUCAAGGUUUUAGUCUCGUUAGUCUUAAAGGGAUCGUGAUAAAUUUUUUUAGGUUUUCGAAUUUUUCGAGAAAUUAUAACUAUUCGAUUUCAAACUUAUCUUCCCACUUUUUCUUGUUUUUCUGGUGUUUCCCGACGGCUCUUAACUUUUUUCAUUCAGGUUCUCAGCCAAUGCGACUCUCCAUAUGUGACCAAGUAUUUCGGCAGUUACUUAAAGGUUGAAAAAUCCUCUUGUUUAAAGCACUCCAAAUUGUUUCAGGGAUCAAAGUUAUGGAUCAUUAUGGAAUACUUAGGCGGAGGAUCCGCGCUCGACCUGACUAAGGUUUUUUUUUUGGCCUCUGACUAUUGAAAUUUUUGUUUUUGCUGUUCCGCCAAGUAAUAAGUAAAUCUUUUCUUGCGACGCAAAUGGGAGCCGAUUAUUCUCAUAUAAGAAAGACCGGAAAAAUUCAUGAUAUUUUGUGCUAAAAAGAAAUAAGUCACGUUGACCUUGACCGAUUAGAAAAAAAUAAUAAAAAUCUUAAAUUUGUUUUUGAGAAUUUCUAUCUAGAGGUGAAUUAGAUUCGAUUGACGGUUUUUUUAUUGAAGUUUUCUGUUUUUUUAUAACGCACUUCAAGUAUCAUAUAAAGGUUUUCCUUGCAAACUGUUCAUCAGUUCAUUUCCAGUGAGAACCAUCUCGAAAAUAAGUAACCCGAUAAAAACUUUUUUUUUUCAAUUUUUAAAGUCUCCUGCUAAAUGAUAUAAAAAUUAAGAGAAAAGAAAAUAGGAAAGUUCAAUAGAACAGAAAAUUUAUUAUGACGAAAAUAUUGCAGAGCGGGAAGUUGGACGAAAGCCACAUCGCGGUCAUAAUCAGAGAAAUCCUGAAAGGCCUCGAAUAUCUUCACGGCGAGAGGAAAAUUCACCGCGAUAUCAAAGGUUUUUGAAUCAAUUGCGUGUCUUGUGCCAUUAUGGUCAUUUUAGUGUGAAUUUCAGGAUUUUUUUUAACGUAUUUGCCCGAAUCCUUCCAAAGGCUUAGAGAAAUAUUCCAUAUAGUCGCAGUUUGCGCAAACUUUUCGCGUUAGAGAUAUAAAUUUUCGAAUUUUGCAUUUAGCACUAGAAGUCCAGAGCUAUGAAACUUCAGAAUUUCCAUGUAGAAAACGAGAAAUUUGCGCAGACAUAAGCAAUAUAAAUCCUAAACGUCGGACAAAGUUUGAACAAACUUUCAGAAGGUCCGAAAAUCCCACUAAUGUAACCUCCUUUGUUCGCGCGAAAAACUUUUUUCUUAUACUCACUUGAACAUUGAAUAUCUUCUUGGAGUUUUCCAGUACAUUUCAAAAAACUUUCUCGAUGGUCUGCGAAAGUACUUGACGGCGAUGAUACUACUUUUUCUGGAUCGAAAUGUUUUUGUUGAAUCGACUCCAAAAAACGGGGCUGAAGUUGUUGUUUUUUUCCUGAAAUAGGUUUCCGAAGCUUUCAAUAGCUUUUAAGUAUCUUUCUUUCUAUUUGAAACUUCUAUUGAGUUUAUAAUAAGAAUACAGUACUUAAAGUUGAUUUUUCUUUCAUGGAAGGGAGUUUUGGUAUAUUUAUCGUUUGUAUUUUUUUCAAAAAAAAAAAAGCGAAUUCCCUCAUUUUAGUUUUCCGAAAUAAGCAAGAUUUGAAAUAAAAUUUAAAAAUCUAUAGAUAGUCAAUGCCCACUCUUCAAAAGUUUUUUUUUUCUUCUUUUUCUUUUUUUAAUAACUUUUUUGCACGUUUUUCAUCUUUAUGUCCAAAUCUCGCUCAUAAAUCCAUUUUCUUCAUUUCACACAAGUUAAUAAGGGAAAUCCUACGUUUUUACGGUUGAACUCUAUUCAGGUGCCAAUAUUUUGCUACACCCAAAUACGGCGGCGGUGAAAAUCUGUGAUUACGGCGUAGCGAAAUGCCUGGAAACGGCGCAAAAAGCGAAUACUUUCGUGGGGACGCCAUUUUUCAUGGCGCCGGAGGUGAUCCUCGGGAACUACAGUCUCGAGGUGAACGCUGUCCGUCGAGUCGCUCUAUCUUCAGUCUUCCUUUCCCUUUUGGCUUCGCUUCUCUUUCUUGAGCAACUUUUCGUCAUUUACCCUUUUUCCUUGGUCUGAAACGACUUGAUUUGCUAUUAAGUGUUGUCUCCACCGGACGUUUUCAGCGUGAUUUGGUUUUUGUAUCGAGCUGUUUUGAAUUGGUUUGUCAGAACAUGAGAUGGGCUGUUAAAUUUAAUUUUGAUUUUAUCUAAUUUUGAAUGAGUUGCAAUUAGGGAUUUGCGGAAAACUGGAUUCAGUCCUUAGUGACGAGUUUUAAUACAAAAGAAAAAUACAAGUUUUAAUGUUCUUUUAAAAAAAUUAGUUUAUUGAAUCUAGCAAUUGCAACGUUCAUAGUUGCUAUAAUGUCUUCUACAUUCUAUAUUCUGCUUUUCACUCGGAAACGGCUGGUAAAAGACAGAUUUCAUGGGUUUGUGCCGUAAACAACAAAAAAAAGUUUUUUUCCUCCCCUGCAGCAUCGCCAUACCAUCCCGAUGUUACGAAAAUAGAGUGCUUGAAAUCGAAAGAUCGGUUCAAUGUGCACUUCAGAACUCAUCAUAUUUCCCUUGUUUUGUGAGACGUUUACCGAGCAUUCAAUUAAAUGAGGAUAAUUUCCGAGUAAAUAAAUAACUAAACGAACAGUUUUCCCAUUUGCUGCUCCUUCUCAGUGUUACUAUCCAAUGUCCACCAACUUUCCCCUCUUUUCAGCGGCGAAUGUGCUGGUCAGCGAACACGGAGACGUGAAAGUGGCCGACUUCGGCGUGGCUGGACAGCUCACAGAGACGGUCAAAAAACGAAUUACUUUCGUCGGAUCGCCUUUCUGGAUGGCGCCGGAGCUGAUCAAACAGGCCAGCUACGACUACAAGGUCCGGAAUUUUUCCCCGUGUUGCUUCCGCUAGUUUUCUUUGUUAUUGCGAGAUUUUCAUACAGUUCUCCUACAUACAAAUAAUGCGUUUUUUUUCUCAUUUCUUCUUUUUUUCCAUGCUGUAUCGCAAUUCGAAUGUUGAAGGACAUCAGGGCAAUCGAAACUUUUUGAUGUUUUUGUUUAAAUUUUGAAAAAGCUUCUUGGAGAAAAAACUAUUUGGAAACAGCCCCAGAGAACUAAAGAAGGAACUGAGGAAAUAGAGUUUCCGUUUCUGAAAGAUUGUUUUGUGACAAGUCUAUUUUUUCAACAAUAAAGGGUUUCUCGAGAUGGAGCUGAGUUUUCAGGCGGAUAUCUGGUCGUUGGGGAUUACAGCGAUCGAACUGGCGAACGGGGAGCCGCCACACAGUGACCUCCAUCCCAUGCGCGUCCUCUUCCUCAUCCCCAAGAAUCCGCCGCCGACGUUGACGGGGCCCCAAUGGUCGAAGCCGUUCAAGGAGUUUGUCGAGUUGUGUCUGAACAAAGAUCCAGAAAACGUAAUUCCGGCCACAUAAUCAAUCUGAUUCCGCCGUUCAGAGACCUACUGCCAGCACCCUUCUGAAACACCCUUUCAUCAAACGAGCCAAGAAAAACAGCAUUUUGAUUGAACUCAUCGAACGCGCCGCUGAAUACAGGUUUCCAUUCUUUUUUGAGCAGAAUAUUUUUAAAAGAAAAAAAAAAUCGUGCUUAUGAAUAAGUUCAAUCUAAUUGAAAACAUAAUACAAUUAGAUGAAUUUUGGUUUAUUGCAAAAAAGCUUUUCAAAACUUUUCUAAAAAAAAAGUCCCUUUUGAAAAAUUUUUUUUUGUAGUUUUGAGUUGUUUGAAUCGCUUGUCUAUAAUUUUUUUAAUGUGUGUUUCUACGUGAAUAUAAAAAUAAUCUUCCUCUUCUGUUCACAGAAAAAUAUUUUGAACUAUUUUUUCUGAAACUCGAUCGGUUUAAAGAGCGCGGACGGGAGUUUCGAGCGACAGCGACUUGGACGAAGACUCGGACGGCGGCGGCGCCACCAAUUGGGACUACCCGACAGUCCGCGGCGAAAAGAUUGAGAACACGGUCAGGCCUCGGACUGAACGAGCAAGGCCACCAGUCUCUAACGUGACGCCACGGUCCAGGGCCGACAGCCUUAGUCCUGGUGGCACCAUCGUCAAGGUUUGUCCUCAGUCUUCGGAUCAAUCAAAUAAUCGUCUUUUAGGGCUCUCCUGGCAUCUCAGCCGUCGCUGAACAUCUCCGAAACACCUCCCUCGCUUCUUCGUCGUCCGGCUCUUCUCAGGGAUCCUCAGGAAGUCGCAGCACUUUCUCGACUAACGGAGGUCCUCAAAAUGGUGGUGCUACAACCAUUACUCUUGGAAGUCCGACGGGUAGUCUCGUGAGUUUUUAUUUCUUCUCUGAAAACUGGCAGUUAGGUUCGAGUAGACCUAGGGAAACAGGUCGAAGUUUAGAAUUCUACGCUUGCCAAAGUCCAAAACACGACUUCUGGUCUUCGAAAUUCGCCGCCGUCAUCCUCAAACUCGACUGUGGACAGAUCUCUCGACCGCGGUCGUGCGGCCAGCGCGAGAGUUGCGGAUUCGGCUGCGCUGAGUUACGAAAAUGGCGUCGGCGUUACUUCUAGCAGGCAGUAUGGAAGUGGAGGACGAAGCUUUGAGAACGAGGUUCGGUCUACUUUCGUCUAUUCAAUCUCCAAUAUUAACCCUCAUCCGGUGGAGUAGCGUCAUGUGCAUUUGAAUGAACUAUCCCAAAUUUGGCUCGAAAUAUUUGUAUAAUAAUUUUCGCUCUCAUUCUUAUCGAAAAUAUCAAUUAAACCUUUUUUGAAAUUUUUUUUGCAGAGUUUCUGCCAUUUUAGAGCUGAUUUACAGUUUUCGGCUCAAACCAGACAAGCGGACAAUGGAUCUGGGGGAAGAACUGGCGCCUAUGGAAGUCCCGUGAGAUUCGGACAGCAGCCGAACCGUGACGCGAGUCCAGCGCCGCCUCAAAGAAAGGUACGCGAGUUGACGUCGUCGCGAACCUCGUCUGCGACUUCAGGGCGCCCUCGACUACAGUCUGCUGCCGGCGUUGGAGCAGUUGGCGCGAACCCGGCACGCGUCGGCUGCACUCGACUCCUUGCGAAGCGCGUUGCGAGAGGCCGAAUCCGCCUCGCCUGGUCUCUGCAACCAACUCGUCGAGGAGAUCGUCAAACGGAUAGCAUAUCCACAGGUUCACAUAAAUUCAGAACUUGUGUAGGGAGGAUAGCUUCUACUCAAGUUAAGUUCAAUAGAUUUUUUUUCACUUUGAAAACAAUGCCAAAUUAUAUGCUUCUAAUUAAUCUGACUUUUCAACCGAGGAAAAUUUUUCAAUAAAAGAGUGAUUGGCAAAUUUUCGAUCCACAAUAACUUUUUUGAAACUUUCUUUCCAACGAACGUCUGAAGGCAGUUUUCGAAAUCAGUUCCUAAAACUAACUAUUAAUAUUAUUACUUUCCUUAAAUCUAUUAGCUUGCCUCGUGUAUCCGUGAAAAAAAAAUGCAUAUUUGCAUACUUUAAACUAAUUUAAGCUUUCAAACUUAAACCGCGUUUUCGAGUGAAAAAUACAAUCUAAUUUGGGAAGUGUUCGGAGCAAAUUUUUCAAAAUUCUUUUCAAGAUUUCUUCAUUGAGCCGUGUUCAACGGGCCUCAUGAACUUUAUUUUUCAAUAAAUUCGAUUUCCAAGAUAACGAUUUCAGUUCUGAAUAAUCGAUUUAUAGGUCAACCAAAGUGAUCUCGCUUCCGCUAUGCGGCGUCUCAUAACGUGGGUGUUUUUUUUUUGUUGAAAUACCUUUCGAAAUCCUACGUUCUCAAUUUUUUAUCACAAGUUUUAGUUUAUCAGAAAUAGUAAUUGCGGACAUCGUUAAUAUUUCUGCUCCAGAGUAGUGACAUCUUUGUUAUUGUUCUGCUUAAAGUUCAGAACCGAAAAGUUAGCUCUCGAAAACUGAACAUUUCUGAAAUUUAUAUGCAUGAAGUUUAUUCUUUUUUCUGAAUAUUUAAUUAAUAAUCGUUUUUUUCUUUUCAGCCGACCUUCGUAG